AUGAAUAAGCUUGAAAAUGUGUUAGAAGAACUAGAAAUGUCAUAUAAUUGUAUUAAAUUGUCAACAGAGGAAUAUGUAAAUGUAGAUGAUAAAUUACAAAUAAUAAAUACAUCAACUGAAGAAUCUGUUGUUAGAGAUAUUCUCAAAGAGCAAGUUGUGAAAAAGUAUCUUAAGCAAUCACAAUUUGCUACAGAAGAUGAUAUUUAUUUGUUACAACAAAUUAUUAAAAAGGCAGAAAGUUUUUACUGA